AUGUCUAGCUUGCUAUCAUAUAAGUCAUCCGUCUUUCCAACACCUACACCCAUUCAAAAAAUACCUGAUUCUCUCGAUUAUGAUGGUGUUGUGAACUCAGAAACAUUGAAUGCUCAUCUUAAUCUGCUUAUCAAUUUUAAAGCUUUGGAACAGAAUUUUCCCCUAAUGGACAUGCGUUAUUUCUUGCGUGCUCAAGAGAGGUAUAUUCUAUGGUUGAAACUUCUAGAGAAAUACAGUGAAAAUUAUGAAAAAAAGGAUUUUAUUUCCAUUCCUCCUAUCGAUGUCUGUUAUAUAUGGCAUGCGCAUUGCCUCUCUCCAUUUAAAUAUUAUGAAGAUAUGUUACGACUUUAUCCUACUUUAUUAAAACUCAACUUUCCUCUACAGAAGCUGAAUGAUAUAUGGAAUACUGGAUCUAAUUUUGUUGACAAAAAGUCUCAGAAGAUCUGGGAAGAGUUUACAGGUACUCCUUGGGUUCUCGACACAAGUGAUAAAAGCGAAUUUACUAUCAUUUGUCCGUGGUGUAACACUUCUAAUAAAAUUAAAUCGGAUUCUUACGUGAAAAUUAUGAAAGAAAAAUCAAUGAAUCAAUAUUGUGCUAACUGCAGUGUUGAGCUAUCUGCAGACACAUUAAGUGCCAAGAGGUUUUACGACGAUAUUGUGAAAUUUCAAAUAGAACAAAAACCUAUAGUAGCUGGUACCUUGUUGAAUACGCGGACUGGAGAAUAUGGACCUGCUAUUUCUUUAAAAGAAUGCUCCAUGUUAUUUUCGGAAACAAAUUUUAAAAUACUUUCAGAACCAAUUUUUGAAAAGAAAAUUUAUCUGAAGAAAUUUCAUUGA